GAUAGGUCAUAACUGCUGAACAUAUGUCUCCCCCAAAUUGACCGACAUAGCCCAACAUAUAACCAUUUAAAGGUUGCAGAAAGCGGCAUCCAGUGCAGGCCCAAUCGUGAACUUAUUUAUUAGUACACAGGUUUACAAUAGGCUAAUUAUCAUGAUACCUAAGUUCUACAAAGUUAGCACAUAUCAAAUACAUUGAUAUCACCAUCCGCUCCGAAUACCGACGGAAUCGCGUCCAAUUAGAUCGUCGCAAUAGCUUUCACUGUCUCCGGGGAUACAAAUUAAAUUCACACAUCCCGCACGCGUGUUAUGUUUACGCAAAUCAUAUUUGAAGCGUUCCCUUUACGCGGUUAACGGGAGGAGACAUUUUCAAAUCAGCCAGUCGCUUGGCCGUCGCCUAGCUGUGCACUUGAAAACCUGAAAAAAGAAAACCUUUUCAUAGAAGUGAAGAAUAGUUUUUUGAUAGUUGUAGAGAUCAUAAAGCUAGUAUCUCCACUGCAACUCCUGUGUAGCCAGGAUAUAAAUCAAUUAAACUUAACCAGUGAAUAGUUAGGGGUACACAAAUGGCUUCCAAAGGCGGUUUGUUGUUGACGUGUCACAUUUUCGUGUGGGCGGCGGCGGCGCUGGCGAUGUGGGCGGCCGGCGCGAGCGCAGCGGUGCGCUACGACUCUGCUACGCCGCACACGCCGCCCUACUCCAAGUACAAAUACAUACCGUUACACAAUGAACAACAGUUCGACCAUGAAGACUCGCCGUCACUGGAGGACCCAGAGCCUCCAAGGAACGGAAUGCCACCUUCCGAGCUGAUCCUCACCGGUCUACGUACCCUCUUGGACGUCGUGAGGAACAUCAACAAGAAGCGAGCAAGCGCCAGCGCCAGGGUUGCUGCCCACAACUCUACUGCAGUUAUGCUACGUAAAGCUUCUUCAAGAAAUGCCACAGCGGAGAGCGGGCGAGGGUUCGAAGACUACUAUGAUGAGCAUCCUCAUGACACCACCACCACCGCCAAGCCGAUGAAGCAGGGCCGGUACACCGACCCCUGGGCCGGAUACUACGACUGGAUCAUCAACGAGGGCUCCUUCAAGUUCUGGAGCGUCUUCCAGCUCUUCACUGCGGCUCUGCUCUUAUACGCCUGUUUCUCUGCCAUCUACUACGCGAAAUUCAACCCUAUCCUGCCGGACUACAGCAUGGAAUACGACGACUACUUCUUAGAAAGGACAGUGGGCAGAAAAGCCAGAAGUUUGGAUUCCUCAGAACUGCCUUCUGGGCUCAGCUGGAUCAACUCAAGCACCUUCCAAUUCAUCUUAGACGCUAUAGCAAAACAUUAUGAGGAAGAAUAAACUUCUGUAUUCUUCUUUCAAUACCUGAACUUGAACUUAGUGUUAAGUUCUGCAACUUUUUCUAACAAUAACAGAUGCAGACUAAAGUUACUGUAUAUUGAUUAAUUGAUUUCCGAAAGUAAUAAUAUGAACCUAUAAUUAUAUUCAAAAGAAAUAACCGUUUUUAGUAAAAAAACAGCAUAUUAAGCUAUGUAAAACAAGAUGCGCAUGUUUAAAGGUUUUGCUAGGUUUGAGUAAUUAUUUUAUUUUGUACAGGGCAACGACGGCUGAUAACUAUUGGUAAGUUCCUUUAUUUGUAAUUAUUUUAAGUGAUAAAAAGUCCUUGUUGCCCUGUAUUGAAUGUUAAAGCUUGAUUCGUUAGACUUUUUAGAAAAGUCUACUCAGUCAGGCUUUGGAUUUUAAAUUAGUAUUAAUUUUUGUUGACAGUUUUGCUCAAUUUAGU